AUGUUGGAACAGAUAUUUAUAUACUUCUUCACUGAAAUUUAUCGAAUAAGUACGUGCAAAGAAAGAAAAAAACCUGAUGAUUCCAAUAAAGAACCAACUAUUCCAUAUUAUCGUCUGUUUCAAUACUCGACAAGUCUAGACAAAUUAUGCCUCCUCUUAGCAUCAGCGUGUACCAUACUUUGUGGGUCUCUUCAGCCCUACAUGAUGCUGAUAUUCGGUGAUAUGACUGGCUCCAUAGUGGACUAUGCAACUGCCUUGAAUGGGACUAUGACAGUGGAAGAAAGGAACAAUUUGGCAGAUAGUUUGAUUGCUGAUGUGAAGAUUUUUGCCAUUAUUUCUUGCAUCAUAGGGGUGGUCACGAUUGUAGCGACGUAUAUUUCGGUUGUUUUGUAUAGUUUCACCUCCAAUAGACAGAUUUUCAAAAUGAGGAGUGUGUUUCUCGAAAAAACACUGCACCAAGAUAUCGGAUGGUUCGAUGUAAAUCAAACGGGAGACUUUGCUUCAACUUUCACACAGAAUAUCUCGAAAAUAGAAGAAGGAAUAGGAGAGAAAAUCGGAGUGUUUCUUUUUUUUGAAUCUACCUUCGUAGCUGGCAUCAUCAUGGCCUUGAUAAAGGGAUGGAAGCUAGCACUAGUGUGCGUGGUUUCAUUACCAUUAUCGACCAUUAUCAUGGCAUUGAUAACAAUGAUCUCCACGAAGUUCUCCCAGCAAGAACUAGAAGCUUACGGCUUUGCUGGCAGCGUGGCCCAAGAGGUCUUCAGCUCCAUCAGGACAGUGGUGGCGUUCGAGGGGCAAGAAAAAGAGUCGGAGAGGUACCACAAACACCUGGUGCACGCCAGGAACAACAACAUCAAGAGGGGGCUGUUCAACUCCCUCAGCAACGGAUGCCUCUGGUUCUUCGUCUACGCUUGCUACGCCUUGUCGUUUUGGUAUGGCGUGGGGCUGAUACUGGAAGAGAGGUAUCUGCCUGCCUCCGAGAGGGUUUAUACUGCAGGGAAUAUGGUUUCUGUAUUUUUUUGUACACUGAUAGCGACAUGGAAUUUUGGCAUGGGCGCGCCAAUUUUGGAAAUUUUUGGGGCGGCCAGAGGAGCAGCGCAAAAAAUAUUCGCUGUGUUAGACAGCGAGCCAAAAAUCAACCUGAGCAAAGAUCGUGGCAAAAAACUGGACAAUUUCAGGUCCGACAUCAAAUUCGAGAACGUUUCUUUCAGUUAUCCGGCUCGACCUGACGUUAAGAUCCUUCAAGGGUUGAAUCUGCAGAUCAAUUUUGGGGAAACCAUUGCAUUGGUGGGAAGCUCGGGUUGUGGAAAAUCUACUUGCAUUCAGUUGUUACAAAGAUUUUAUGAUCCAGUUGUUGGAAAUGUUCUUAUCGACGGUGUAAACAUACGAGACCUGAACCUAACCUGGCUGCGACAAAAAAUCGCAGUGGUCAGCCAAGAACCGGCCCUUUUUGCCACCACAAUAGCAGAAAAUAUCCGACUGGGAAAGCUAGAUGCGAAACAAACCGAAAUUGAAGAGGCUGCUAGGAAAGCCAACGUCCACAAAUUCAUCCUGACGUUACCCCACGGAUACGAAACUGUUAUAGGGGAGAGAGGAGCACAAUUGUCAGGAGGACAGAAGCAGCGAAUCGCCAUAGCUAGAGCAUUGGUUAGGAAGCCAGAUAUUUUGCUCUUAGAUGAGGCAACUUCUGCUUUAGAUACUACGAGCGAAUCAGAAGUGCAAGCUGCUUUAGAUUCGGUCAGUGGAGAAUGUACAACGAUAAUAGUAGCUCAUCGCCUUUCAACGAUCCGAAAUGCACACAGAAUUGUGGUGAUUUCAGCUGGAAAAGUUCAAGAAAUCGGAACCCAUUCCGAACUGAUGGCGAAAGAAGGAGGAUACUAUAAUUUGGUGAAGUCGCAGGGUUUAACUGAAACAAAUGAAACUACAGGAGAUAAAAGACUGAGUCGAGCUUUCAGCUGGUCCAAUAAAUCCCAUCAAAUAGAAAACGAAACAGAAGAACAAAAAAUUGAAGAUAACACACCUGAUGAGACAAUAGAAUCGAAAGGAGUGAUGCUGAAAGUGAUGAGAAUGAAUAAACCAGAAUGGUUUUACAUCCUCAUUGGUUGCAUAUGUUCUGGAUUGACAGGAGCUUCUCUACCGGUAUACGGUCUUGUUUUUGGUGGAAUAGUAGGGGUCUUAGCUCUUACUGAUGAUGCAGCAGUCAGAGCACAAAGCAACGUAUUCUGCUUAUAUUUUUUGAUAAUUGGUAUUGUAACUGGAAUAGCCAUGUUUUUCCAGAUGUUUUCAUUCGGUAUCGCUGGGGAAAAACUGACACUCAGAAUAAGACACAGAACUUUCAUCGCAAUGAUGAAACAAGAGAUGGGCUGGUUCGAUAGAAAAGAAAAUGGCGUUGGUGCCUUGUGUGCUCAACUCGCUGGAGACGCUGCUGGUGUACAAGGGGUCGCAGGAAUUCAAAUUGGAACGGUGCUGAACUUUUUGUGCACAUUCAUUUUGACUUGUGCGUUUUCGUUUUACUAUGAAUGGAAACUGACGCUGGUGCUACUGUCUUUUUGUCCCUUGAUUUUUUUCUCGAUUUAUUUCGAACAAAAGUUUUUGCAAAAUGAUGCGAGAAAAAAUCAGAAGAUGAUAGAAAAUUCUUCGAAGAUGGCGGUAGAGGCAAUCGGAAACAUCAGGACCGUGGUAUCUCUUGGUUGUGAGAAUAUAUUCCACGAAAUGUACAUUAGAGAGCUGACUCCCUAUCUAGCUUUAGCAAAGAAAAAGUCUCACUUCAGAGGGGUAAUACUCGGUAUGGCAAGAAGUCUUAUAGUAUUCGCGUACGCUGCUGGUAUCGGUUAUGGUAGUAAACUAAUCAUAGAUGGCGAAGUGGAAUAUGGAACUGUCAUAAAGGUGAGUGAGGUUAUGAUAGUUGGAUCUUGGUCAAUAGGAAAUGCUAUGUCGAUGACACCGAAUUUCCAAAAAGGACUCAUAGCAGCUCGAAGAAUAAUUUCUCUGAUAGAUAGGACGCCAUUAGUGAAGAAUGUUGAGAACCCAUCAAAAUCUCUAUGGCGGAACGAAAAUGUCGAAUAUUCCCAGAUACAUUUCUCCUAUCCAACCAGACCUUCGAUAUCAAUCCUGAACAGCCUCAAUUUGAGCAUUCUCAAAGGACAAACCGUGGCCCUGGUAGGAUCCAGCGGUUGUGGAAAAUCGACCAUCAUCCAGUUGCUGGAAAGGUUCUAUGAUCCGGACUAUGGUCACAUUACCGUCGAUGGCGAAGACACCAAGAGCACCGAUAUCGCCACCAUGAGGUCCCAAUUGGGCAUUGUGUCCCAAGAACCUAACCUGUUCGAUAGGACCAUUGCCGAGAACAUAUCGUAUGGAGCCAAUCACAGGAACAUUAACAUGGAGAAAGUGAUUGAGUCGGCCAAAUCGGCGAAUAUUCAUAACUUUAUAUCUUCACUACCUAUGGGUUAUGAAACCAGAAUUGGAAGCAACGGUACCCAGCUGUCUGGUGGUCAGAAGCAAAGAAUAGCGAUAGCAAGAGCUCUGAUGAGAAAUCCAAAAAUUCUUCUACUAGACGAGGCUACUUCAGCUCUGGAUAACGAAAGUGAAAAGAUUGUCCAAGAAGCUUUAGACAAUGCUAGACAAGGUAGAACCUGUAUAACGAUUGCCCACAGACUGACGACUAUCCAAGACGCUGAUGUGAUUUGCGUGCUGAAAGAAGGGUUCAUAGCAGAAAUGGGUACUCACACGGAACUUUUGAACAAGAGAGGAAUGUACUACAAGUUUUAUAAACUACAGUCUGGACAAACUUAG